AUGGCCGUCCAAACUACCACGUCGCUGCUCUUGCCGGCAUAUACCGGCCACUUCGUAGCCGAGGUAAUCGGUGCGGAUGCCACCGCUACUACUUUUGUGCUGGACUGCGACACCGAAAAGAACGAGGAACACUGUGGUAUCGUGCGCAAUACCUUCAUGGUGGGACCAUGGGGUGACAAGACUCCCGCAUCAGGAGCCCCUACGACUGGACUCUGGCGACUAGACGCUACUGCUGACGCGGACUUCACUUUCUCUGUGCAAUGCGAAAUGAGCAAGACCUACGCCAAGACCUGCACCACGGUCAAUCUUGGUGGCAACGACGACGGGCAUCCCACAGCGACUUUCACCCGGACCGCCAGUGACGACGAGUACCCUUUUGGUGACAAUGACUUUGGAAGCUUUUCUUGGCUACCCGUUACCGUCACGAAAGGCCAAGAGUAUCUCUCAGGUUCGAAAAGAACGGCUGCUCCCAAGGCUUUGGAAGCUGAAAUGGCAACGACGUCCAGUGACAUACCAGCGAGCUCUAUCACUGGGGACGUGGUAAUACUGACAGGCGAGGAUGGAAAUGGAGAUCUGGUGACGUUAACAGGAUCUGGUGGAAGGUCGACUGGCAUCAAUAGCGAUGACGUGAUCAUAUUGACGGGCUCCAAUGGUAAAGGAGAUCUAGUAACGUUGACAAGAUCUAACAGUCGGACAACGGAUGGCGCUGGUGGGGAUGACAUAGUUACAAUCACGGGUGAGGCUAUGCCCAGCGAUACCUCUGACAGCGGUGCUUUUAGCGUUCGUAUAACGAAGCUAUUUGCGGCUGUUACCAUAGCUGCCGUCGUUCUUGUUUGUUCCUAG